AGAAGGAUUUUAUCACAAAUAAUCCAAGGUGAUGUCUCACCCCGUGAUCAAGUGGCACACAGCGCAAGAAAGCUUUUGGAGACCAUGAAAUCCCACAAAAGUAUUUCCUUAAGCGAAAGGAGUGACGCAAAGGAUUUAGGAUCGGACCAAGACUUUCUCUCUCCUAAAACGCCGGCUGUUUCCAAUCGUGGCGAAGAUACACAGCCUGUACCUAGAGUUGCACUGGGUCCAAUGCCUGCCGACCAGCAAUCUAAAAUGUCGCUUCCUAGUAACACUAAAAAGCCAGACAUACCCAAAGAUUUGGACGCUCUACGCAAGGAAAUGGACACACAAGAGCGAAUUAUAGUGACCCUUCAGCGCGAUAAUGAAGCCCUUUUGCGAGAAAAGAAAGAAGCAGGUGCUCGUUUCAAGGAACUGGAGACCAAGUAUGAACAUUUGGAGGCAAAGCACAGUCUUCUGCUCAGCGCGCAACAGGAUGUCGGGUCGCGCUCAAAUUUGCGUGUGGCGAACGAUGCUGCAAAAAUUGAGUCACUCCAAAAACAGGUACAGGAACUUCAGAGUGCUUUGGAAUCCGAAAAACUGAAACGCGCGGCUGUGAGUUCGGAAGGCGGAGCUGAUACACAGGAAGAAAAGUACAGCUCUCCUGGUAGAGCAUCACCUGCUGUCUGGGAUGAAGGUAGCAAUCGUAAACCGGAACUAUCUGCCGAGAAAUCAGCUUCAGCGGUAGGCAGCGAUCACGCUGCAAGGUUGCGCGAGUACGAGCGCUUGCACGAGAUUCACAAAGCUACAAUAGAUAAGCUACAUGCAGAGGUUGGAAGGCUGGAGGGUGAGAAGAGAAAGCUGGAAGAUCUACAGCAUGAUUAUUCCCACAAAAUAGACGAGCUGAUGCUUCGUACUCGUGAGCUGGAAGUUAAUGUUGCACGAAAGAAGGAGAGCAUCGGUGAGCUCCUCCAAGCUUGUCAAGACAGCGCAGACAACGCGCAGCGUCUUAAAAAGCAAGGCAACCGCAUUCAAUCACUGGAAGCUGCGUUGGUGGAAAAGGACGAAUUCGCUCGGAAGGCGAUGGAGCGGCUCCGCGGCGAAACGGCAGAGGUGUGUAAACGCUACCAGGCAACGAUCGCCGCUCUGGAGAAGCAGCUCGAAGCACCGACCAAAGGCGAUUUCGAUCUGCGUUGCCGGUUGACCACGCUGGAAAAAGAAAACUCUGAAUUGCGUCGCGCACCUCCUACUAAAGCAAUUCUUCCAUCGGAUGGCGUUAAUUCGAAUUUGCUUUUCGCUGAAAGCAACCAAGCACAUGACAGAGGCCCAAAGUCUGAUGCGGCUGAAGAAGGCAGUAAUGAAAAUGCGACGACUCAAACGAAUGCCGAUCUGUUACAGCUAGAAGCACGGCUGAGUGAGUCGGUUGCAGAAGCUGCAAAAUACAAGGAGAUGUAUGCCAAUUUGCAGACGGAACUGACGAACAUACGCACAGAUUGGGAUGCCCGCCUACGGGAAGUGAAACGGAAUUUCGCAUCACAAUUCCAACAACUGCGCGCAAGUCACAAUGGCGAGCUUGACCGUUUGGAGGCGAGUCAUCGGUCUGAACUGCUCGCGUUGUCUAAACAAACACGCGGUGAUGACGUGGAUGGUUUCUUAUCAAAGCUCAUCAAUAUUAUCGAGAAAAAAGGGUAUGACUCGUCUUUGGUGGCAAUUUGUGAAAGAUUAAACUAUUUAGAAAAGCAUUCUCUGCGCAAGGAGGAGGAAAUGGCGUAUGAACUCUCCGAAGUGAAACGAAUGGCUGAAAUAGAGAAACGCAUACUCAGGGAGAAAUCCGAUUUACAGGUCAAAUACAAAAAUACGCAGAUCAAAAAUUUUCGUUUACAAUUAGAUGAACUACUUGCUGCGCUCGCUGUGUUACAGGCAACCGCGUAA